UUUUCUUCAUCUUGAUCUGCUACACACUAAAACCAGAGAUGGCAUAUGCUGCACUUGUUUCGCUUACACAAACCACAGAUCAAAUCCUGACCAAUAAAAAGCAUCCAAUUUUUCUUCCCAACAAACAGCCAAUCAUAUCAAUCCACGAAUACUCCAUUUUCCUGCAAGCAUUUCUCGAAGAUUUCCCAGAUAAAGCCACCACUCUGGAAGUUCGAAUCGGAGAUGCAGCAACUGAAGCAGAAGACACCAUCGAAUUCCUCACCUCGGACCAAAUCCGGCCGUCGAAGUACGGUAACCGCCGCCGCAAUUUUCGAGAUCUGGAAAAAGUAACCGGAGAUCUCGAUUCAAUCGCCGCAGAUGUGAUGCUGAUAAAAAAUGGCGCCGGAACGAAAACCGCGCAGCUAAUCGGCGAUUUUUUUCCCGGUGAUAGUGUUAGUUCAUCCCCCAAACUCGCGUCCACAGGUAAAAAUCUUAUGGUCGGUUUUAACGAUGACCUAAUUGCGGUAAAAUCUCGGCUCUGUGGAGAAUCGUCGAAACUCGAAGUAAUCCCAAUUUUUGGUAUGGGCGGAAUCGGUAAGACAACCCUAGCUAGAAGCGCUUACGACGAUCCGUUAACUAUGCAGCACUUUGUUAUUCGUGGUUGGGUCACAAUUUCACAGCAUUACAGUGCGCACGAUCUUCUUUCGGGCCUCGUUUCUUCUAUGAAAGAGUUCAUCAAAGAAGAACCCGCACAGGGUAUCGAAUCAGAAUCAGUGACGGAGAAUUUCGAAUUCGGACAGAGCAACAAUGAAGCGAUGAAACAAAAGAUAUACCAAACCCUAAUCGGUAGGAGGUAUCUCAUCGUGUUGGAUGAUAUGUGGAGUACGAAAGCUUGGGACGAUACGAAGAGGAUUUUUCCCGACAAUAAUAACGGAAGUCGGAUUUUGCUGACAACGAGGUUGUCGGACGUGGCUGCGUACGCGGACCCUUGUAGCCCUCUUCACGAGAUGCCUUUCAUGGAUGCCGAUCAAAGCUGGGAUUUGCUUCAGCAGAAAGUCUUCGGACACGAAGAAAAUUACCCUCUCGAAUUGGAAAAUAUUGGGAAGGAGAUUGCUCGGGGCUGUAGAGGAUUACCCCUCGCGAUUGUAGUGAUUGCAGGUGUUCUAUCCACGGUCAGCAAGACUCGUUCUUCGUGGGAGGAAAUCUCGAAAAAUAUAAAUUCGACAGUCGGUACUAAAGACGGGCAGAUUGAAAAGAUAUUGUACUUGAGUUAUACUCACUUGCCACAUCAUUUGAGACCGUGUUUUCUGUACAUGGGAGGGUUUCCGGAAGAUUACGAGAUCCGUGCCUCGAAACUCGUCAAACUAUGGGUGGCCGAGAGUUUCUUGAAGCCAAGUUCUUCUAGAAGCUUCGAAGAGGGGGCGGAGGAUUAUUUGGAGGAUCUUGUUAAGAGAAGUCUCAUUUUCGUCACAAAGAGGAAAUCCAACGGCAGAAUCAAGAGUUGCAGCGUACACGAUCUUGUUCGGGACUUGUGCAUAAGAAAGGCGAACGAAGAGAAGUUCCACCGACACAUUACCGAUAGGUACGUGUCGGAUGUUCUUCUUGAAAGGAUUAAGAACCAGCGACGUAUAUGUAUUGCUCACUCUUAUCUUGAUCGUGAGACUAGCAUUUACGGCUCGAGUAUUCGUACUGUUAUAUGUUUUCAGCGCAAUGCGAGUUCGUUGGGCUUUGUUGGGAAUAUUCGAUUGCUGAGGGUGUUGGAUGUGGUGGAUGCUAAUUUCAGCCCGUUUAUAUUAUACGUAUCCCUCCCUUCGAAACUGUUCGAGCUUUUCCAUCUAAGAUACCUUGCUUUCAGCUACCCGACUACGAUUCCUUCGGACAUAUCAAACCUUCAGAAUCUUCAAUCCUUAAUCGUUCGUUCUGUCGGGACAUGUUUCGUACCUCUGCCACGGGAAAUUUGGAGGAUGCCGCAGUUAAGACAUCUCGUUUGUCGCUCUUUCGGCCCUUUACCCUGCCCUGACGAAGGAGCAACUCUAGCUCUAGAAAACCUGCAAACGCUCGCUGUAGUAACAAAUUUUGUGUGCAGUGAGAAGAUUACGGAAAUGCUUCCGAAUCUACGAAAACUCGGAAUCGUUUAUUCUGGUGAUGACUGUUAUCAAGAAUUCCACCUCGGCAAUCUUGUGCUCUUGUGUAAACUUGAAAGUUUGAAGUUGGAGGUGAUUGGCAGGCCCCAUUUUCGGACAAGGCUUAAUCCUGUUUUUCCUAGGUUGCUCAAAGAGUUGACUUUGAGUGGGUUUGGGAUUAUUAAUUGGAAAGAUAUGACCAUUGUUGGUUCGUUGCUUAAUCUUCAAGUGCUUAAACUACGAGACUCUGCUUGCGAAGGAUACGAGUGGAUAACAAACGAGGGAGAGUUUCUUGAGCUUAAAUAUCUGCUUAUUGACAACUCUGACCCUCAACAAUGGAUAACUGAAAGUGACCAUUUCCCAAGCCUUAGGUUUCUGCUACUUCAUAGUUGUCGGAAUCUAAGUGAGAUUCCAAAUUGUGUCGGGGAUAUUUCGUCACUUGAACUCAUCGAGGUUAAGUACGGUAAUAAAUCUCUUGUGGAUUCGGCCAAACAGAUUGAAGAGGAACAACAAAGUUACGGAAACGAGGGCCUUCAAGUUCGUUGUAUGCCUUAUUAAUGAUGUAAUUUCAGUACUGUAAUUGUGUGUAUACAUUUGAUUGUGCCAUUGGGCAAGAACAAGAUUAAUAGAAGUAAUUAAUUACAAUAUUAA